CCUGGUCGCCGCUCUCUCGCUCUCUAUACGUAGAGGCGAUUUAUAUAUAUAUAUAUAUAUAUAUACAGUCGUUGUUUGUUGCAGCUGAAGAAGCCACGUGUGAAUGUCGUCGGUUCCUCGGAGAACCCUCUCUGCGUUUUCUCUUGGCCUCCAUCUUCCUCUUCUUCGCUCUUCCUCUGUUUCUAGACCAUUCUUUCAUCUCCGAUCGUCUUCUCGCUACGUUUCCUUAGCUCGGUCUGUCAGUUUCGGCUCCUCUGUCGGAUUUUCUCCUUCGAAUAUGCCUCGGAAGCAGAGAAAGGGUGCGCAUAGAGAACAAAGGUGGCAGGUAAAGGCAGAGAUGAAAGCUUCAUCUGAAACAAGUGGACUUCCGGCAUCCAUUGCUGCCGAAGCAGUGAUUGACCAAUUUGGCGGAUUGCAUCUUGGUGAAAGCAGCGGCCAGUCCUGCACUUUUGCGAGUCUGAGUAAACUAUUUGGUGGUAAUUUGUUAGAAAAUUAUACGGUGGACAAUUCUGCAUAUUGCCAUGCGCAAAUCAGAGCCACUUUCUAUCCGAAGUUUGAGAAUGAGAAGACUGAUCAGGAGAUUAGAACAAGAAUGAUUGAGAUGGUAUCUAACGGCUUGGCAACUUUGGAGGUAUCUGUGAAGCAUUCUGGAUCUCUUUUUAUGUAUGCGGGUCACACCGGCGGAGCAUAUGCGAAGAACAGUUUUGGUAACAUUUAUACAGCAGUUGGUGUCUUUGUUCUUUCACGGAUGUUUCGGGAGGCAUGGGGAACAAAAGCUUUAGAGAAAGAAGCUGAAUUUAAUGACUUUCUUGAGAAAAAUCGCAUGUGCAUAUCUAUGGAAUUGGUAACUGCUGUGCUUGGAGAUCAUGGUCAGCGCCCUCAGGAUGAUUAUGUGGUAGUGACUGCUGUUACAGAGUUGGGUAAUGGAAAGCCCAAAUUCUAUUCAACUGCUGAAAUAAUUGCAUUUUGCCGGAAAUGGCGCUUACCAACAAAUCAUGUGUGGCUGUUCUCAACAAGGAAAUCAGUCACAUCAUUUUUUGCCGCAUAUGAUGCUCUCUGUGAAGAAGGAACAGCAACUCCUGUAUGUAGUGCUCUGGAUGAAGUUGCAGAUAUAUCUGUUCCAGGCUCGAAGGACCAUGUCGAAGUGCAAGGUGAGAUAUUAGAAGGGCUCGUGGCGCGUAUUGUGAGUAGUGCAAGCAUCAAACAUAUGGAAGAUGUUUUGAGAGAUUAUCCUCCACCACAAGCAGAAGGAGCUAAUCUUGAUUUGGGACCAAGCCUGAGAGACGUUUGUGCUGCCAAUAGAUCUAACGAAAAACAGCAAAUAAAAGCACUCCUAGAGAGCAUUGGUCCAAGUUUUUGCCCCAAUUAUUUGGACUGGUUUGGAGAGGAAACGACAGACUCCCAUUCUAAAAAUGCUGACAGAUCUGUUCUAACAAAAUUUCUGCAAUCUCAUCCCGCAGAUUAUUCGACAAGAAAAUUACAGGAAAUGAUUCGUUUGAUGAAGGAAAAACGUUUCCCGACGGCAUUCAAGUGUUAUCAUAAUUUUCAUAGGGCGAAGGACACGUCACCUGACAGCCUGUUCUAUAAAAUGGUUGUCCAUGUUCGCAGUGAUUCAGCAUUUAGGCGCUACCAAAAAGAGAUGAGACAGAAGCCUGGCUUAUGGCCCCUGUAUCGUGGUUUCUUCAUUGACAUUAAUUUGUUCAAGUCAAAUAAAGGGAAGGAUGCUGUGACACUGAAAAGUGCUGAUAAUACGGUUGGCGAUGCCAAUGAAAAUGGCGGUACACAAGGAAAGGAUGGUUUAGCUGAUGAGGAUGCCAACUUAAUGAUAAAGUUAAAGUUUCUUACAUAUAAGUUGAGAACCUUCCUGAUCCGUAAUGGCUUAUCAAUUCUUUUUAGAGAGGGGCCAGCAUCUUACAGGGCUUACUACCUUAGGCAGAUGAAAAUCUGGGGUACAUCAGCUGGAAAGCAGAAAGAACUCAGCAAGCUGCUUGAUGAAUGGGCUGCUUACAUAAGAAGGAAACAUGGGAACAAGCAGCUCCCUUCGCCAACAUACUUGAGUGAAGCUGAGCCUUUCCUGGAGCAGUAUGCAAAGCGAAGCCCACAGAAUCAGGCAUUGAUAGGAUCUGCUGGGAGUCUAGUGAGAUCUGAAGAUUUCUUGGCCAUUGUUGAAGGUGGUCAUGAUGAAGAAGGUGAUCUUGUGAAGGAAGAGGAAAUCACACCAGCUACCCCAGUUACAGCAGUGAAGGAAGCUGUCCAGAAAGAUGAGGGGUUAAUUGUAUUUUUUCCAGGAAUUCCUGGAUGUGCUAAAUCUGCACUUUGCAAGGAGUUAUUGAAUGCCCCAGGGGGGUUUGGAGAUGACCGACCAGUGCACACUUUAAUGGGUGAUCUUGUCAAAGGAAAAUAUUGGCAGAAGGUUGCUGAUGAACGUCGUAGAAAACCACAAUCUAUAAUGCUGGCAGACAAAAAUGCUCCAAACGAAGAAGUCUGGAGUCAGAUUGAAGAGAUGUGUCGGAGAACCAGGGCUUCUGCAGUUCCAGUUGUUCCUGAUUCCGAAGGAACUGAUUCAAAUCCGUAUUCUCUUGAUGCAUUGGCUGUUUUCAUGUUUCGUGUUCUUCAACGAGUUAAUCAUCCGGGGAAUCUUGACAAGGCAUCUCCAAAUGCGGGUUAUGUGCUCCUGAUGUUUUAUCACCUUUACGAGGGAAAGAACCGCAGAGAAUUUGAGAGUGAAUUGAUCGAACGUUUUGGAUCUCUUGUUAAGAUGCCACUGUUGAGAUCUGACAGGGGUCCUCUGCCUGAUCCUGUAAAAUUGGUUCUUGAAGAAGGGAUAGAUCUGUUCAAGCUCCAUGCUCGCAGACAUGGCAGACUUGAAUCAACGAAAGGAACGUACGCAGCUGAGUGGAUCCAAUGGGAGAAGAAACUACGGGAGACUUUAUCAUCAAACUCUGAAUAUCUCAAUUCUAUUCAGGUUUCAUUUCGGUCUGCUGUUGAGCAAGUCUCAGAACAGAUAAGAAGCAUCGCAAAGGGUGAAUACAGACCACCAAGUGUCGAGAAAAGAAAACUCGGUUCAAUUGUUUUCGCGGCCAUUAGCCUUCCAGUUACAGAAGUCAGAAAUCUCCUUGACCGGCUGGCUGAAACAAACCCGAAGGUAAAAGCUUUUCUCGAGGGAAAGUCAAUAGAAGAAAAGCUGCAACGAGCUCAUGUGACGCUUGCCCACAAGAGGAGCCAUGGCGUCACAGCAGUAGCCAGCUACGGCCUGCACCUGAACCGGAUGGUUCCAGUAGAACUCACUGCCAUCCUUUUUAACCAAAAGAUGGCAGCUUUGACAGCCCGUCCCGGUUCGGUGGACGAUGAAACCAUCGUCUCCAGGAACGAAUGGCCUCACGUCACGUUAUGGACUGCCGAAGGAGUCACUGCCAAAGAGGCCAACUCGUUGCCACAAUUGUACUCUGAAGGAAAGGCCACUCUCGUUGAGAUUAACCCUCCAGCGACGAUCUCUGGUCCAUUGGAAUUCUUCUGAAGUUCCCUUCUUUCUUGUUCGCUGUUACUUUACACCAGGUUUGUUCAUGGAGAUAGGUAUGGCAUGAGUUUCUUCAUAUAAGCUAUUUCCUUUCUCACGAGAUUUUGGGGUUUAAUGUAUGUAAAUCUGCGAUUUAUUUAUUGGUUUGAGGAAUAAACGAGUUGAGUUUGGAUCGCCCUUUUGAUAUUUUGGUGUAUAACAUGCCCUGAACCUCGAAUUCAGGGGUAGAGAUGGGGUUUUUGAGAUUUUAUUUACUUAAUUUGGUUUGGAUCGUA